UAUAAAUAUCCUAUACCACCCACCCCACCCCCACCACACCACAAAAGCGAAAGCCGCCUUGUCAUUCAUUCUUCGCCGAUAGAUUCCAUCUCUUCUAGUACUUGACCCAAGUUUCAUCGCAGUGAUGGCCCGUACCAAGCAAACUGCUCGCAAGUCAACCGGAGGCAAGGCUCCGAGGAAGCAACUUGCCACCAAGGCUGCCCGAAAGUCCGCCCCAACUACUGGGGGAGUGAAGAAGCCUCACCGAUACAGGCCUGGAACCGUUGCUCUUCGUGAAAUCCGCAAAUACCAGAAGAGCACUGAGCUCCUUAUCAGGAAGCUGCCAUUCCAGAGGCUUGUCCGUGAAAUUGCCCAGGAUUUCAAGACUGAUCUGCGUUUCCAGAGCCACGCUGUGUUGGCAUUGCAGGAGGCGGCCGAGGCUUACCUUGUUGGGCUGUUUGAGGACACUAACCUGUGCGCCAUUCAUGCCAAGCGUGUCACCAUCAUGCCCAAGGACAUUCAGCUCGCCAGGAGAAUCAGAGGGGAGAGAGCUUAGAUCUCUUUUAUACUUUCCCUUAAAAUGUAAAAUUGUUUAGCUAGAAGCCUAGAAACAAAUAUUUUCUUGAUUUAUAGAAACCAUGACUUUCUUGUUGCUUCAGUAAUGCAAGUGCUUUAUUUCCGAUC